UAGAAAGGUGUCUGGUUACUCCCAGUCAGCCUACGCUCCCACUGAAAAAGGGAGGGGUGGACUCCUUCCUCAGCAAUAAUGGUAACUUGGCCGCAACUGAGGUAGAGGAAGGGCAGUGCGUUAGGGGCCAAACGCGACGUUUAAUCUACCAACUCCCAAGAUGUUCGACUGUGGAUGGGAUGGCGCUUGGUCCCGUUUGUCUGCGUACUCGUAGCCUGGCUGGAAUAUAAACAAUUCUUUUUUUCGUCGUCUGUUUUAGCCUUACUUUCACGAGAAGAUGCACGUGUCCCUGGCAGAAGCCUUGGAGGUUCGAGGGGGCCCACUCCAGGAGGAGGAGGUUUGGGCAGUACUCAGCCAGAGUGCUGAGAGCCUUCAAGAACUCUUUCACAAAGACCCCUCAGCUAUGGGCUUCAUCAUCUCACCCUGGUCUCUGCUGCUGAUGCCUUCUGGCGGCAUCUCAUUCACAGAUGAGAAUGUCACCCAGCAGGAUUUGAGGGCCUUCACGGCACCAGAGGUCCUGGAAGGGAUGGCCUUGGUUUCUGUCACUGACAUAGAGAAGAUGCACAUGUACUCUCUGGGUAUGACCCUAUUCUGGGGCGCAGACUAUGAGAUCCCUCAAAGUCAGCCUAUGAAAUUAGGUGAGCACCUAAACAGCCUGCUUCUCAACAUGUGUGAUGAUGUCACAUUCAGUCGAAUGUCUGUGCGCACCGUGCUGGAUAUCUGCAGCAAGCACAUAAGGAAUUCCACUUGUGAACCCCCCUUCUCCUAUAUCAGAAAACUGGUCCGUUUGGUACUGGGUAGCCUUUCCCAGCUGGACGGUUUGCUGACUGACAGAGAGUCCCUUCCAGAGCGGAGUAAGGAGAUUCGAGAGAGGCUAAGGGGGAAAGGCCUCCCCUCAGGAAGGAGUGCUGCUCCGAGGGUUUUAGAGCGAUAUCGGGCCCGGUCCCAGGAACAGGCUAAUCUGAACCGGGGCCUAAGUCGCUCCAUGGGCUCUCUGCCCAUCCAGGACCUCAUGAAGGCAGACUAUAACCCUAGUUCUGAGUCUUCUGUGGACCUCUACCCCAAACCCCAGACACUCCAGCACCAACACUCCCAUCCCCAUCUGCACCCCCUUCAUCCCCAGCAGAGGGGUCGGCUCGUGGAACUGGACCAGAGAUCUUUACCUUACCGUGGUGGAGAUCUUGGUUCAGGCCAGACCAGGAAGACAUGGGCUUCAUCUGUGGACUUGGCCUGUAUUGAUCCAGAUGCUCUUCGUUUUGGGGCUUUGGAGGAUGCACGGAGGGGCAGCAGUGCCCUCAGUACCCACUCCAUUGGCCGACACAAGUCACCAUCGUGGGCAUCUAGGGAUAGAGAUUCUUCUUACUCAGAAUUUGGUGGACAGAAGAGCAGAAAGGCGCAUCACCACUCAGCGCUGUCUGUAGGCUCCAACGUCACCAGUGCCUAUGACAGGAUUAAGGAGAGACAGAGGAAGCUGCAGGUGCUAAGGCAGGCAAUAGACGAUCCUCUUAUCACCCACCAGAGGUACCACAGUGACUACAGUUCGUCCAGUGAGAGUCCUUCAGUUACAUCCUCUGACCCAGAAUACAGACAAGCAAAGAAAACAGAGGAGAUAGGGAGGUACGGCUCGCAGGCCCUUUCUUCUGACCACGAAGUUUUGUCCUUGACCAGCCAAAACACAAACAGACACAGGAUAUAUGAGGGGGCUGCAGAUGAAGGUCUGUCUGGGGCUGAGCUGCUCCUGCAGAGGCAGGAGGAGGAGGUCCAGCGACUACAGGCUCACCUGGCAAACAGGUUAUCCAGGGCCAACCUCUACCACACAGAUGACCCCCAGCCACCUUCACGCUCCUCUAUGCUGGACCUCCGGGACCCCCUUGUCGCCACUACUGGACCCCAGUCACAUCGCAAACCCAAGAACUUUUACGGACCUGAGUUUGUGAAGAUGACAAGUGAGCCCUGUGUUCCCUUGGCUGUUCCAUCUUCGAUAAUGAAUAAACGUGGUAAGGUAGAAGAAGUGCAGAGGAAGUUGGGUGUGGUGCUGCUAAAUGGUCAGAAGCUGGAGCUGAGCUGUGAUAUCAAGGCUGUUUGCAAAGAUGUUUUGGAUAUGGUGGUUGCCCAUGUUGGGCUGGGGGAGCAUCAUCUCUUUGGCCUGGCAUAUCUCAAAGAUAAUGAGUUUUUCUUUGUUGAUCCUGAUGCCAAACUGUCCAAAGUGGCACCAGAGGGGUGGAAGGAAGAUCCAAAGAAGAAGAAAGCUGAUGUGCCUUUUAACCUAUUCUUCCGUAUCAAAUUCUUCUUGGAUGAUGUCAACCUUAUACAGCAUGCAAUGACCAAACACCAGUACUACCUACAGCUGAGGAAGGAUAUUUUGGAGGAGAGGAUGCGCUGUGACACAGAGAAUGCAAUGCUUUUGGCCUCCCUGGCACUUCAGGCAGAAUUUAGUGACUACCAAGUAGAGCUCCAUGGGAGGACCUACUUCAGACUGGAGCACUACCUAUCAGUUUCUGUGCUGGAUAAGCUUGAGCCGUCUACCGUCAAAGAGGAACUACCCAGGCUUCACAGCAACUACUAUGGAGUCUUGGAGUCUGAGGCAGAGUUUGAAUUCCUCAAGGUGAGCCAGAGGCUGACCGAGUAUGGGGUACACUUCCAUAGGGUGCUUCCUGAGAAGAGGUCGCAAACAGGUAUUAUGCUGGGUGUCUGCUCCAAGGGGGUGCUCAUCUUUGAGGUUCUGAAUGGAAAUCGCACUCCAGUAUUAAGGUUUCCCUGGAGGGAGACCAAGAAGAUUUCCUUUACGAAAAAAAAGAUUUGUCUCCAGAAUACAUCAGAUGGGAUCAAGCACCUGUUCCAGACAGACAGUAAUAAAACCUGUCAGUACCUGCUACAACUGUGCUCUGAUCAGCACAAGUUUCAUCUGCAGAUGAAAGCCCGGCAAACCAACCAGGAACUUCAGGACCUAGAGAACUGCCCCCUGACCAGUUUGCAGUAUUCGCUAGAUUCACGGGGCAGUGAUGCGAUAGAAAGAGCAGUGAGCUCUGUAAGCCUUGCCCCUAGCUCUUCUACUCGCUCUAAUCCAGACCUCCUGAAGAGGAUCUCCUACUCUGAGGUGGCUCUCAAUAAAGCACCCUCAGGCCGGUUCAUUGCCCAGGAUGAGCUUCUUUUACCAGGCUUCACUCCUGGUUCUUCAUUCCAUUCCAAUCCCCGGCUGAUGAGCCGCUCCCACCACAACCUGGGUCAGGUGCCAGAGUCUCCAGAGCAUAGAGGUGUGUCAGCAGCAGCAACUGGGGGUUCAUAUAGUGGCCAGUCACACCUCAACCAGCAGCAACACCAGCGGGCAAGCUCAGACACAGACUCCAUCUCAAACUCUGUCUCACACCAACAGGACAAAGCAUUUAGCACAGUCACCCUUGGCAGCUCACCUUGGGGCCUCAAUAGAUUCAAGAAAGAAUCAGAUUCAUCUUCCAUUGAAGAUGCUGGGCAAGCAUAUGUUGUAGGGGUCAGUGUGCAUGGUUCCUCUGGCAUGCCUUCAACCCCAGCCUCUUUGACAGUAAACGACUCACUUAAGAAGAAACUCAAUGCCUUGCCAACUCCAGAGAGGGAAAUCAUAACUGUAAACCUGAAGAAAGAUGUCAAAUAUGGCCUGGGUUUCCAGAUUGUAGGUGGGGGGAAUUCUGCUCGCAUGGACCUUGGCACUAUCAUUAGCUCCAUCACUCCAGGAGGCCCGGCUGAUGUUAAUGGAUUCCUUAAACCUGGUGACCGCCUGAUAUCCGUCAACGAUGUGAAACUAGAGGGGCUUCCUCACGCCACAGCUGUUGAUAUCCUCCAAAAUGCCCCUGAUGAUGUCACUCUGGUGGUGUCCCAGCCCAAAGAGAGACUUUAUGAAGAAUCAUCAUUAGGCUAUGUUCCAUACCAGGCCCUGUCUUCAACAAAAGGUCUUCCCUCUGGCCAGAGACAAGAACUAGACUUUGAGUCCUCCUCUGAGGAGCAGGUUGGAACAGGAAGCCCGAGUCCUCUUAUUGCCUGUGCUGCCAACCCCUCAAGCUCCUCCUCUGUGCUCCGUCAUCACACCAAUCUUAGUUCUCAGGAUUCAAGGACAAGCAAUGCUGCCAAAACCAACCAAACCCCUGCUAAUGGAAUUAACCAGAACAUGGAAGGAGCUGUAAAAAACAUGGGUCUUGCAGCACCUAUAGCCCAUCAUCACAAAACAGAACCUAAUGUGGGUCUAGAUGCUGCUCCACCAGCUCUGCCACCCAAAACCAGGAAAGCCAAAGUUGCAGAGGUUCCCAAAAUUUCAGAAAAUUCUGACUGGGGUGAUUCAGAUAUGGAUGAAGAGACCUACUCUAGUAGUCAAGAGAAACUCAAGCUCAAAAAGGGAGGCGUCAACACUAGUGUCAGACAUGGGGGUAUCUAUGUCAAAGCCAUCAUACCAAAAGGAGCUGCUGAAUUGGAUGGAAGAAUACAGAAAGGUGAUCGUGUGGUAGCAGUCAAUGGAAAGAGUCUGGAGGGAGCUACUCAUAAACAGGCAGUGGAAGCUCUCAGAGACACUGGACAGACAGUUCACCUGUUGCUGGAGAAGGGACAUCUCUCUGCAGACAGUGUCCAUGCUCCUCUCACACCUCAGUGUACCCCACCCUGUGGUGCCAGUGACCAAGACCAGCCCAACAACAAAGAGAAGUCUCUGGAGCUAAAAGCCAAACCAGAGUACAGUUUCAUUACAGAUGACAAUGUGUUUUCUGUAUCCCUGCUGAAGAAUUCAUCGGGGCUGGGCUUCAGUUUUAGUAGAGAGGAGAACAUCCCUGAUGAGCCCCCUGGCUCCAGCAUGGUCCGCGUUAAAAAGCUAUUUCCUGGUCAGCCAGCAGCAGAGAGUGGCUGUAUCAAUGUGGGUGAUGUCAUCCUUCGAGUCAAUCAAACAUCCCUCAAAGGACUCUCGCAACAUGAGGUGAUCUCAGCUUUGCGAGGAACAGGCCAGGAAGUAGUAUUGCUCCUCUGUAGACCUGAACAUGGUGUUUUACCCGAGUUGGACACCUCAGCUUUGACCCCUAUGCCAUCACCCCGAAAGGAACCAGUUAUCCAGCCAGAGCCCGCCCGUAGCUUGUCCAGAACAACAUCUCCAUCAGGCAAUGAAGGUAAAAGGGGCCUGGGACCUGUGGAGGAGGCUCUCGAGAGGUUACUACUGAAGACCCCUGGUCGACACAAUAGCUACAGUGACAGCACAGAUGGGGAUGAGGAGGUGGAAGAGGCCUUUUGUCCCAGCACCCUGGAGCACAACAGGUAUACCUUGGAGCGGAGCACCUACCAGACCCCCUGUGCCAAUCUGGGGCAGCGGCACUAUGAUAGCCCUGGUCAGCUGGACGACACCAUCCACUCACUUUUCUACUCCCCGGAAUUGUCCAUGACUAGAUCUGAUCUCAGUAAGAGGUGUCCUUCAUCACCACUGCAAGCUGAACUGGAGUCCUCCCCCCAGCCCAUGGUGUCUUCCCCUGCUGCCCCCAGCCCGGAUCCCCUGCCUCCUCCUCUGCCUAUUCCUCUAAACCUCACCAUGUCAGGAAAUGGACAAGACAUAGAUGAAUUUGUGCCAGAAGUGGAGCUGAAGGUGUCCUUAUUAAAGUCAGAGAAAGGUAGCCUGGGCUUCACGCUGACCAAAGGCAAUGAUCAGGGCUGUUACAUUCAUGACAUCAUUCAGGACCCAGCCAAAGGAGAUGGCAGGCUCAGACCUGGAGACCGAAUGAUCAUGGUGAACAACACGGAUGUGUCUAACAUGGGCCAUACUGAGGUGGUAAACCUGGUGCGCACUGCCCCUCGGGUGGUGGACUUGGUGGUAGGAAGGGUCUUAGAUGCCCCCAAGCCCCCCAUAGAAGCCCAUCUGCUCCCUGAUAUCUGCUUUCAAGAUUACCAAGACAAGCUGGGCUUGGUACUGGAUGGUGGCAGUGAUAGUGUCUAUGGUGUGUUGUUUGUGAAAGACAUCCAUCCUGGUUCUUUGGCCUCAGAAGAAGGCAGCCUAAGACCACUGGACUUAAUCCAUUACAUCAACGGUGCUCCCACCCUGGACCUUACUCUCAGUGAGAGCACCAGGCUGUUGGAGCUCUCCCUCAAAAACCUUACACUCAAAGCCACAAGGGAUGGAAAACCAGUUUACCCUGGACAGAGAAGUGUCUCAUUUCUCAACAACAACGUCAGUCCUAAGGUCUCCGCCAGCAUGAAUGGCUACCUUAAAGGGUCUGAACAAAGAGAUACCGAGUGUAUGUCAACACUUUGUCCCAAUGAGGAGGAGAUCAUUAAGCUGGAGCUAGAGAAGCCUCCUUCAGGGGGUCUCGGUUUCUCAGUGAUUGGUGGGGAGAGAGGGAUUUUUGUCAAGUCUAUCACACCAGGAGGAUUAGCAGAGUCAUCGGGCAAGCUGCAAGUUGGAGACAGGCUACUAAAAGUUAAUGAUGAACAAAUGACAGGUGUAUCCCACACCAAAGCUGUCACCACCAUUCGCAAAGCCAAAGGCCUAGUGCAUCUCAUAGUGUCUAGACCACUAGAUCAGAGACCCAACACAUACUUGGCCUAUCUACCCAUCAAUGCUGACAAAUGCAAUGGAAACACAGUUGUGAGUGAAGACAGCGGCGUAAAGACCAAGAUGUGUACUCCACAGGAUGGGCAGAAGUCUGGCAGUUUCCCUCCUAUACCGCCAAUAGACUAUGAGGUGGGUUCCUCUGAUCAUAGAAGAGAUACAGAGCAGAGUGCAGAGUUGUCAGAGGACACAGACUGUGAUGGCUCAUCUUUACCGGAAGACUCCCCUGAGAGUUCCCGGAAAGUGGAAUGGAAAGAGGAGAGUGUAGACAACCCAAUGAACGAAAACUAUCUGCAAAUGAAUGCUGGACAGCCAGAGGAAGAUGAAAUCACCUGGGGUAGUGAUGAGCUGCCUAUUGAGGAUAUAAACUCCAUAUCAAGAGAUGAUGGACCUAUUAUCAAAAAAGAUGAACUGACCUCACUGCCCUUGGUCAAGGUUGUUCCUGAUGGGCAAUACACAGGGUCCAAACUCAACACGGUGGUCCGCAUGAUGAGGGGACUCCUGGAGCAAAAGGUCCCUCUGCAAGAGUUUGAGAAUCUUCAGAAUCUUCAGCCGUUGGAUGACUGUUUAAUAGGUCAGACAAAGGAGAACAAAAAGAAGAACCGCUAUAAGAACAUUGUUCCCUUUGAUACAACCCGAGUCGUCCUAGGCAAAGAUGGGGGUUAUAUCAAUGCCAACUUCAUCAAAAUGCCAGUGAAAGAUGAGGAUUUCUUGUAUAUUGCCUGCCAAGGACCCCUACCCACCACUCUGGGUGACUUCUGGCAGAUGGUUUGGGAACAGAAAUCUAACGUAAUUGCCAUGAUGACCCAGGAAGUAGAAGGGGGGAAAGUUAAAUGUCAGCGGUACUGGCCAGACACGCCAAGGGCAGCAGAGAUGGUGGAUGACAGGCUACAGAUCACACUGGUUAAAGACCAACUCCUGGACAACUUUGUCAUCCGCCUUAUAGAGGUCAAAGAUGUCCAGACCAAUGAAAUCCAGCGUGUCACCCAUCUGAACUACACAGGCUGGCCAGACCACGGAACACCAUCUCAGCCUGAGCAGCUGCUCACUUUCAUUUCCUAUAUGAGACACAUUCACCAGUCAGGGCCCAUCAUCACACACUGCAGUGCAGGCAUUGGCCGUUCGGGAACGCUUAUUUGCAUCGAUGUGGUUCUGGGUCUCAUCAGUAAAGACACUGAUUUUGACAUUUCAGAUGUUGUCAGAAACAUGAGACUUCAAAGACAGGGGAUGGUCCAAACAGAGGAACAAUAUAUUUUCUGCUAUCAAGUGAUCCUUUAUGUGCUCAGAUGUCUUCAAGCUGAGGAGAAAAUCUCAGGAUAGUACAAUUUACGUGUCCUGUCAUAUGACCGUGGGAUUUUCUUUUUUUAGUAACAAACAAAAAUGGAGGACAGUUUCCAGGCGGCUGUUGCCAAACCACACGACAUGUCUUUAAAAUGCCUUAAGACGUUCAUGUUGAUGAGAGUAAAUCCUUUAAAGAAUUCUAUAUUUUUAUGUUUGGUUUUUGAGUUCUCCCUAUUUUGGCUGCUACUCUCAAUGCAUUCGGGAGAACUGUUUGUAUGUCUUGUCACCUACAAGAGAACACUAAUGUUUGUUUUUUUUUUCAGAUUCGUGGAUAUUAUAAAAUUAUUAUGAAAUUGAUGAAUGGAUUCAUCUUAUGUGGAACAAAAUUUUACUUGUGUAUUUUGGAUCUAUUUUGAUGCCGGAACUUGCCUUGACAGGAUACUAAGACAGUAUUUGCUUUGUAAAUCUAUUAUACAGUAAUUGCGGACUAGCUUAGGUAAUUGAUGGAAUUAAAAGUGUAUAUAUUCAUCUCCUUAAAAUUAAAC